AUAUGCACACUUAACAUUCAUUGAUGUAAGCUCAUAGUCUUGGUGCAUCUCCGUGGGGUACUUAUAAACAUUUCCUAGAGAGCAAGACAAGGUUUUGAUGUAGCACGAUCAAGAUUGCUCUAGGAUAUAUUUCUGACGACAGCAGAAAUGAUAAGUAAACCCGUGAUAACGAUCCAAGUAUAAUUUUGCUUAAGUAAGGUUUCCAGUUGCGUGCAAUCGUGUUGCCAACGUUCAAUAAAGAGCUAUGGUGUUCGUGGUAGUUUUCUAACUUUAUAUUUUAAUUUAGAGCACUGAAAGAAACCAUUUAACUACUCUACCUAACAUCCACAGCCAUAACUCCUUGCGGAAAUAAGGAAGUUGCAUACUAUAUUAAAAGACAAUGACGUAGAAUGCCCAUGGAAUUCCAGACAUAAACCCAUCAAUACUAUAAUGACCAAGACUCUAGCCACGGCAGCUGGUGAUGCAUCAAACACUGCAGCAUCAACUAAUAUCAGUACAAGGAGAGCUAAUGUACAACGUGGAGGUGGAAAACGAACAUCUACAGAGGAUCAGUCUGCUCGAGGAACUCUUGGUGAAAUGAGUAGUAACAAGCUACAAGUCCAUGUUGAUUCUGAUAAAUGUUCUCUCACUAUUGAUAUGGAUAGUACCACACAAGAGAGGGGUGCCUAUGUAAAUUUUGUAUGCCCUCAGAUUGAAACCUCAAAAAUUAUAAUGUAUGCCCCAAAAGAUUCUGUCAGUUGUAAUUCAACACACAAAAUAAUUCCAUCAAGAAAUCAAAUAAAAGAAUGCUUGGCCAAUAUGACAGCAUUAAAAAACCAGACUAAUCUUGAACAUGCAGCUGUCUUAGAAUUUGGUAUUUUUGAUAGUUAUGACUUAAGUCAGUGCUUAGAUGUACACAAGAAAAUAGAGACCAAAAAAGCUGUUUUAGAAGAAAUCAAUUGGAUUGAACCUGAUUUACUAAUUGAUUCACAAAAUAAAGUAUGUCCUGGGAGAAUAAAAGAAUUUAAAAAUUUGAUACACGGUUACAGAUCUGUAGAUUUUAUAAGAAAAUAUGAGGACAUUUUGACUGAAGAUUUAGCAACACUUACUUGUGAUAGAGAUAUUACUGAUGGUGUGAUUAGCAAUUUUUGUCAUAUUUUAGGUAAGCAAGUUGGCCAAAAAAUUUACUACAUCAAUGCUAGUUAUAUAACACACACACAACAAAUGGCUAAUAAGAUAAUAAACCAUUUCAGGCAGCAACGCUUGUCCAUUGCUGACAUAAAGAUUUGUUUUGUAGUCCAUAUGGGUAAGUUCCCAUUUCCUGAUUGUUCUGAGACAUUUAUUGGCCAACUAGAAGUAAAUGGUAGUGUAUAUACAGCAGAACAUUUCUCAUUUGCUUAUUACAGCACUGAAACCAAUGAAGUUAUAUAUGCAGAUUCCUUGGGUUGGCCAGCUCCAGCUACAUUUUUGAAUAUGGCUAAAGAAUUGGCUUUGCAUAUUAAUAAUGAUGUUGAUACACCCACCCUUAGGUAUAUACAUAACCCAGCCUCUGUUGGGGAAAAUGUUGCUCAUGAAUGUGAUCACCAGUGCUGUAAAGAUUACCCACUUCAGAGCUGUUCUUCAGCAUGUGGCAUAGCGGUCAUUAUAGGCUUAAGUUUAAUCUCAUUAGACAGUGAAUAUUUUCAGAAAUUAUUGGCACAAGAGAAUAUCCCAGAACUUCAGUACCUAAGUAAUAUAUCACAAUUUUCUAGAUAUUUAAGACAUAUUUUGAUGGACUGGUUUGUUUCUGGUAGAAUUGAUGUGAAUAUGUUGUAUCUGACUGAAAUUAAGACAGUAAGAACAAUUGAUGAUACAAAUGAGUAUGAGCACAGUACUGUUAUUUAUGAAACAAAGCCAGUGAACAGGAUGUCUUUUAGUGACUAUGGUAACGAUGGUGAAGAUUAUGAAGAAAUUCAAUAUAAAUUUAAAGAAGAAAAUAGUGUACACAGUGCCAAUUAUGGCACAGUUCAUGCAGCUACGUCAAAUACUAAUUUUGCUUCCAAAAUAAAAAUGACACGUUCUAUGAGAAAAUGUAAUUCCAGGUCCAAGUAUAAUGUAGAUACAUCACAUUUAAGGCCAUACGUGAGUGGUUAUCCAACUGUUUCAUUUAAACAGCAAAGGAAAACUUAUAUUUUAGAAUGCAUCAGGGCACAUGAUGGUCAUCGUGUUUCUAAGUCAUUUAAAACUAUACCCCAGCUGGAGGAGUUUAUACAUUCUGCUAAUUGUUAUGACUGGUUACAAAAGGAAGAGGAAUAUAGCACUCAAGUAAAUUUUCCCUUCCCAUAUAAUGUUGAUGCUCUGGUCACAAAACCAUCAAUAUCUUUUAUCAAACCAAAUAAAUUGAGACUUACUUGCAUUCCUAAAGUUGGAAAACCCAAAAUCAAAAUGUUUAAGUGUUCUCCAGCUGGCAGAGAAGAUGGCGCUGCAAUGGAAAAAAUUAAAAAGUUUUUAGGGGACUUCAUUAACUUUAGUUCAUGGUUGAAUGAUUGGAUUUUAAUUGAUGAAGUCAUGACCGGUAUAGAAACUCGUAGAUAUCUGGACCAUAUGCUCCAGUUUGAUUAUACACAGACAGUUUCAAUUAGUCCAGAGGUAAAACCUUACCUUAUUAUACACAGAGACCCUAAUUGUCCUUCAGUUUCUGUAGUUAGUAAUCCAAAUUGGGGCACAACUCAUAGGAGUGAUGAUACCUUCUCUCUAAGACCAGAUGCUCCAUCAGACCUUUUAAAUAAUUCUCAGCAGAUACUUCAUGUUACUUUCACUUGCUCAUCCAGAACCGAUUGCUGCAAGACCAAGUGUGGUGAAUUAUUAAACAAAGUUAGAAUUGAAAAUGGCAUAUUUUCAUGCUGUAAUGAGGUUGUCCCCUCAGAGAAAGAGUGUUUUCAUUGUAAGGCUCAAACUUCCAGUAAACAGUGGUACAAAUUUGAUGAUCAGCAAUUUCUUUGCAAAGUUUGCUAUAAUUAUUAUUCUCAGAAGAAAACUCAUAGGCCAUUAAUUGGUAUACCUACCACCAAGCCAUUUUAUGAACACAACCAGUGUCAGUUUAAAAUAAGACUUGAAUUAAAGCCUGACUUUAAUGGCUGGCUAGUAUAUAAACAUGUUAAUAAUGAUGAUGCCCAUGAAAAUGCCCAAGUGCUGGGCGUAAGAAGGUUUACGCUAACUGAACGUGAUUGUGUAGACAAAAUGAGGUCAUCAUCUAGUAAGAUUACAGCAAAGCAAUUGACUGUGUCAACUAUGAAUGAAAAUAGUAAUAUACAUCAACAUUCAAUUGGUCAAUAUCGGAGACGUUGUAAAACUGUAGAUUCCCAUCUUGUCAAUAAAGGUAUCCUGCAGUGUACUAGUGAAGAAAUACCUGAUGCUGUUAACAAUAUAUUAUCUUAUUCAGCAGAAUCUUGUAUGGAUACUGGUGAUGAACUUGAUCACAUACAAAUUGUACAUGAUGCAUCUUCUCAUGUGAGGUCAGUACCACCAGGUAGAAAAGCCAAAAAAAUUCCACGCACUGUAACUUUCAGACGAGAAGGUGGUCCCAUGAACUCAAACGAACUAAUUCCAACCCAGAAAACUACAGAGAGUGAAGUUUUUUAUAAUUUUGAAGGUGGAAUAAAAAACCAAACAUCAGCAGUACAGCUUCACUCUGCUGCCACAAGCUCUACACCACUGAUAUGUUUCAAAUGUGUUGAAACUGGGAAAGACAAACCAUAUUCUUGCCUACAAGAAUCUGAAUUACAAAGUCAUGUCACGAGAUGCCAUAAAGAAAAUGUGUUCUGUUGUCCACACUGUUAUAAAGAUAACCUAAUUGAGGGAUUCCCUAAUCUAAAAUCAUUGAGAAUUCAUAUUAAAAAUCGACACUGUGAAUACACUAACUUUAAGAAAAUUCAGCCUGUCACCAGUUGUGUGAAUACUCUUGCUGAUGAAAAUUUAGAAACAUCCAAGAAAAAGAGGAAAAUUGUGAGCAACUAAAUUAAGUCUACCUACAAAAUUGUUAAAUCAUGUGUUAAGACACCUUCCCAGUUGAUGAAGACACAAAAGACUACAGUACUGAGUUGAAAAGAAAACCCUUUUGUGUCCUUGAAUGUGAUCGAAAGAAAGUACAGUUGCGGCCAGAAAUUCGUAGUCCAUCCGAGGUGGAAGGUAUGGAGCCCAUCCCACCCUUACAGGACUGUGAGUCACUGUCCAGAUGACCCCAAAUAUGCAAGUGAUCAUCCCCUUCCAUGUAAAGGUGACUGCUGCUAGUACAGGUACUGAUGCCACUGGGUAUCUUAUAACUACAGUUAGCUAAAAGGGUAACAUACAAUGAAAUAUUUAUAUAUAUAUACAGUACUGUAUACAUAUUUAUACAGUAUAUAUACAAUAUACCUGAGUUAAUCCAUAAGUUCUCAAUUUGUUUCAUUGCUGUUCUUUUUUCAGCAGAUGUUUUUAUAAAAAGGAUUGAGUAAUUUUAAGUCUGUAAAUAUCUAUUAUCUUUGUUUACAAUUCACAGAGGAAAUUAUAUAUAUAUAUAUAUAUAUAUAUAUAUAUAUAUAUAUAUAUAUAUAUAUAUAUAUAUAUA